UAUCCCUCGAUACGCCCCCGUAAGCUGCUGUCUGCUUUUUAAUGUGCGUGGGCGGAGGCAUUGGUGGGUCGGGUGUGUGUUCUCUUGCCACCUUUGUUUUGAAGUUGUUGGUCCUAAAGUGGCAUUUUCUUGCAUUUGUAAAGCAGCAAUGUGUUUCCCAUCCGGACAGCGAACAUGGAGGCUGAUGCGCCCACCGCAAAGGAUUUGACAACAGCAGCUACCUCGAAAUCCUGAGGCCCGUCUGAGCUCAGGGAUGGCCCCCAUUGCCGGACUGAAGUGGACACUCAUACUGACGCUAUUCCUGCGUCUACAUGCAGUCGCAGGGAUGUCAGGAUGGGGAGGUUGCUUGGAUGGUCAGGACAUCUAUUCCAAAAUGGCGGAAAACAGCCUCUGCGGAGAAGUGGUCGCUGACCUCAUGGUGGACACCCCGGCCGAGGGGGUUGAGUGGAGACUAGACGGGAAAGACGCCGAUUGGUUCUUCUUGGAUGGAGGAGUCAUACGUUUGAAUUCAUCACCUGAGAAAGUUCUUGACCGAGAGCUGCAGGGUCCUGUGCUGUUGGCGGAAUUGUCAUGCUAUGAAGACGACGUGCUUCAGAGCGUUUCCAGGAUCAUAGUGGAGGUUCUCAACGAGAAUGACAACUGGCCUGAGUUUACAGAAGACACCAUCCGAUCUGUUGUUAUCAGCGAGCUGACUCCGGUCGAUACGCUCGUGUUUACCGUCCUGGCAACUGAUGCAGACAAUGACCACAUCAUUUAUUCCAUUGACCAGUCAUCUCCUGACGCAGACUACUUCAAAAUCGAUCUUCACAAUAGUGGUGAGGUGAUGCUCGCCAAAGCUCUCGACUAUGAGACCAAAACUCAGCUCUCUCUCACCAUCCUUGCGUCUGAAAUGAACACGGCUGAGCAUUUCAACACUAGCACCGACAUCAUGGUGGACGUCCAGGAUGUAGAUGACCAGUAUCCUCAGUUCCUGCCCUGCACGCUCCUGUUUCAGGACCGUACCAAUCGGAUUUGCACCAGUCCAGUGUACACCGUCAACGUCACAGAAGGCAAAGAGGACUUUGUCCUGGAUUUCUCUCCUGGUCCCAUCCAUGCAGUGGAUGGAGACAGAGGACUCAGUGCGACAGUCAACUAUGCCAUACUCUCAGGAGACGACCACGGCCGUUUCCUGAUGGACCGACUGACAGGAGAGGUGAGGUUCACCAGGGCGGUGAAUGACAGACUCGCCACACCAGCACUGCAUCUUCAAGUCAUGGCCUUUCAAGAUGACGACCCCAGGAAGUAUUCUGUUGCCACUGUGCUGGUCCGUGUGCUGGCGGUGAACCGCUUUCAUCCAGUGUUCGACAUGGCUGAAUACCACGGCUUUGUGACAGCGGCAAAGAAUCCCGCCUCCCUGGUUUAUACCUACGGCAACAGGGCGUUGAUGUUACAUGUGCAGGAUCAGGACUUUAAACAUGGAUUUAAUCCGAUGAUCUACUUCACCUUCAGCCCCGCGUCCAAUCACACGAGCAUCUACAGGGUCACACAGGAGGGGCUCCUCAUCGCCCGGGCCAAUCAGCUCAAAGCAAGACAAAAGCACCUUCUGCACGUAAUGGCGAGAGACCGGGAGUCAGGUGACGCCGUUGUUUCUACUGUGGUGGUGGAGGUAUUAUCCGAAAGCCAGUCAAUUCCUCUGAGUGCACUGGUAGACGACCGUGUCAUCAGUUGCACCCUAGGCAAAGCCUUGUUCCUCACCACGGCCUUCCUGACGGUGGUAAGCUGCGCCGUGAUAAUGGUUCUGUGGCUGAAGAGGAAGCAUAAGGGCCAUCUGGACCCCCUGGAGAGAGGCUGCGUGGCCCAGGGCAAGCACCCCAAUGUGAGUCUUCGAUGGUUCCAACUGGUGAAUCCGAGCAGUGGCACAGCACGUGCGGAUGACGUCAGCUUCAGCAGUGAAGACUACGGAACUACAAACCCUUCGUUCAGUUUCUCGGGCAAAGACUCUUCAUCUUGCCAAGGGUCGAUCCAGCCCAACAACAGCAACAACAACAACCCGACAGCUCUCCUUGACGCCACGAUGAGCUUGGCUGAAGCAAAGUGUACCACCAUCACAUUCAGCAAUAGUGUCGCCACCCCCACCAGAAACGUGUCUUGCUUGUCCACCUUCAGGCCAAACUCGGUGGACAUCAACCCCGCUGAGCCCAAAGACAGCAGCUCGGAUAUGCCUCCACUAGAUGCAGCUGGACCUUCCACUUGUCUCGACUCCCAAACAAACACCACCGAGGAUUCUGCAGAGACCCCCUCCAGCCCCUCGCCCUCAUCUGCUAGCGUCCCCCGCAGCCAGACUCGGAUCGCUGCAGCUGAGAUCGAGAAACCUUUCAGCAAGCCUCACGCGGCGUCACCCCCUAACCCCGUGCACUCGCCUCAACUGCUCUCGCCCCGAGCCAAACAGACAAGCACGCCACCGCCCACCCCCGAGCAGGCACCCUUGAAGGCCACGCUGGUCAUGGUGGACGCGUCACCUGAACCUUCGGAGCAUAGAUGGAGCGAAGAGGAGGAACAGCCCUGCACGUCUCUGGACCAGCCAGAGCAGCCAGAACACCUGGAGCAGGAAGAGCAUCCGCAAAACUCAGAGGAUGACGAUGGAAUUUUGGGCGACGAAGACGCCGACAAGAACAGUGAGGGCGAAUUAGAGGCGGAUGAGGCUGAGCUACUAAGGGUAAUGUCCCGGUGCAACCCCAUGUUUAUCACGUUCACCCAGUGAUGGAGGAAAUGGAUACACAGUGGACACAAGGGGCGCCUUAACCUAAUAGAGAACACUCGCGAUUCAAAUUGUAGGAAUUAAUUAGCCUGUCCACACUUCAGACUUAUCUUUCCUAUUAAAGAGAAUUUUCUA